GCGAUGUGGAAAUUUUGAUUCUAUAACAGGCACACCGUUUUCUUCUCGGCUUUAUUUGCUUCUUCUUUUCCCUUUUGUAACAAUGAAGCUUUUAUUGUAUGCCUCACUGUUGCCAGUCAUUGCGACUGUCACUUCGGGAUUCCUCAAGUACGUAUUGCUGUACUUGCAUGCUGUGGGGUUAGCCUGGAUCUUGAUUCAACGGACGGAAUUAUCUGUUUCAACCAACAUGUACGGCUUACGACAGGCUAUAUUGAAUGUGUCACUACCUCCCAAAGAAUCUUGGUUUAAUAUGGGGCUUUGGGAGAAGGAAGGUCUCACCUACCAUCAGGCAUGCGUUGCGCUUGUGAAUGCUGUAGCAAAUUAUAUGAAACUCGGCCGUCGCACGAAAAUUUUGGAUGUCGGCUAUGGUUGUGGUGACUCUUGUUUCCAUUUUGCUGAUGCGUAUGAAUGCGACGUAACGGGUAUUACGCUUGAAACACAGCAAUGGGAAAACGCAGCGUCUCGGCUUCAGGAACAGUGGCAACCUCUGUCAGAUCGAAUGACCCUGCUGCAAGGCAACGCGAACGAUAUAAGCUCUUCAAUGGCCGGCAAACAGUUUGAUCACAUUGUCUGUAUCGAUGCUGCAGUCCAUUUCGGAACCAAGUGGGACUUUUUUCGGGAUGCUUUGCCGCUGUUGGUACCGAAUGGGACUAUAGGUUUGUACGAUUUGGUGUUCCCGCAACCUUUGAAUGAACUAUCGCCUUUCACGCAGGCCAUCAUCUCGUGGCUCUGCGUCAAACUCCACGUUUCUUUGGAACAUUGUAUAACAAUUACUGCGUAUGAGGAAAAGUUGAAGGCAUUGGGUUAUAUUGAUGUGUCCAUCCAGCGUCUACCGAACAAGAACGUUUUUGGCGGUUUAGCCAACUAUAUGCAAGAACAACAGCGUCGAUGCAUCGAUUCCGGCUUAGGUCUCAGCAUCAACAAUCGUAUCUUCUUAACCGGAGCUGGAUCAGUAUACCGUCUUUUGGGCCGACGAGAAUGGGUGUAUCCGGUAUUGGUCACUGGGCGACGGCCAGAUUCCAAAACUGCUAUCGCAGGAGAGCCGAAUUCAUCUUGAUUCACCAAUGAUUUUUCUUAUUCCCACAGACGAUUAUGAUACCAUACAUUCUAAAACAACUGUUGCUAAAAUACUACAUUACAGUAAACAGCAAUAACAACAGAAAAGAAAAAGGGUCUUUGCAAAAAGCACCCCACAAAAUAAUGGGUAAAAUCCAACGAUCAUGUCAGGCUUGCUUUUUCUGCCUCGACACAUUAGCCAAUCAAAUGGCGAUUCAUGAAUAUCUGACGUUUUGAAUGGGAAAAAUUGAACGUCAGAAAAUUUCAC